AAAUGAGUGGCCUUCUCUUGAAGGUGGGGUGGCCUCCAUUUCUCUUCGUUUCGGUUCUUCCUCUUUUGAGGAUUACGACAAACCACCCAAACUAACCCCCCAUCUUUCCUAAUUGGGAAACUCCUCCCCUCUUUCUGGAUUUAUCUGGAAAAUAAAAAACCCAAAUAGUAAAUCCAAAUCUUUCUUUGUUUUCCUCCCCCCCAAUACUCAUGGAGAUGGAAGCCUCUUCAGCUAAUCAACGCCUCCAUUUUGGGAAGAUGGGAUAUGGAUGCCAACAUUAUAGGAGGAGAUGCAAGAUUCGAGCUCCAUGUUGCAACGAGGUUUUCUCGUGUCGCCAUUGCCAUAACGAAGCUGUGAACCUGUUAAGUAACCCUUUUGACAGGCACGAGCUUGUUCGAAAAGAUGUUAAACAAGUUAUUUGCUCGGUUUGUGACACAGAGCAGCCGGUUGCUCAACUUUGUUCAAAUUGCGGAGUCAAUAUGGGAGAAUACUUCUGUAAAAUUUGCAACUUCUUUGAUGAUGAUACUGAGAAAGGGCAGUUUCAUUGUGAUGAUUGUGGGAUCUGCCGAGUUGGUGGCCGAGAGAAUUUUUUUCACUGCAAGAAGUGUGGGUCUUGCUACUCUGUUGCCUUGCGAGGAAAUCAUACUUGUGUGGAGAAUUCGAUGCAGCAUCACUGCCCCAUAUGUUACGAGUACCUCUUCGAUUCGUUGAAAGAUACGACUGUGAUGAAAUGCGGUCACACGAUGCACUAUGAAUGUUACCAUGAGAUGCUAAAGCGUGACAAAUAUUGCUGUCCCAUAUGCUCAAAGUCGGUGAUCGAUAUGUCCCGAGCCUGGAAGAGGAUGGACGAAGAGAUUGAAGCGACCCUAAUGCCGGAGGAUUACCGAUAUAAGAAGGUUUGGAUUCUAUGCAAUGACUGUGACGACACUACCGAGGUUUACUUCCACAUAAUCGGACAGAAAUGCAGUCACUGUAGAUCUUACAACACCCGGACGAUCGCCCCACCGGAACUCCCUCAGUGAUGAGAUCAUGAUCGAAGAACCGAAGCCGGUGAGCUCCUGACUUCUAAAGGUCUGCUCGUUAACUGUAAAAGCGGAGAUGAAUUCUUCUAAUUUGCAUAUCAUAUCUCGAUCAUCUCGAUCCAUCAUCGUCAUUGGAUUUGAUUAUAUGAUUCAGUGUAUUAUUAUUCAAAUGAUUGUGCCAUUUUUAUGUCUUCCCUCAUAAAACAUUUCUCAGGUUAUCGGUUCUCCAUUUCGGGUUAAAAAAAUGAAACUGUGAAUGGUUCUAUGGUUGAUGUAAACGCUAUAUGAUAAUUUGUAAUAAUAACAAACAUUAGAGAAUUUGAUGGUAAUAUAUCCAUUUUUUCUCUUGUAAAA